GGUCACACUUGCUUCUGUGAAAUAAACAAAACGCAAAUUUUACUGCAAAAAAAGAAGCAAUUAAGAAUGUAGUUCUGUCGUUUUUGAGCCAAUUGUGAAUAUUUUUGAAGCGCGAGCAACAUGGAUAGGUUUGCAUUUAAGAUCGACGCAGCGCUGAAAGCGAAUCUGUACAAGAUCUGUCGUCUCUGCGGCAUCGAUAAUCCAGGCAAGGUGCCAAUUCUGCUGCCCAAUGAGGCAAAUAUUAUAGACCUGGACGAUCCUAGUCUGUCCCAAAAGGUGCUCGAAUUGGUCGGCUUUACGGUGACAGUCGACGACAAAAUGCCGCAGACAAUGUGCAGCCUUUGCGUGGAUAAAAUCAAUGAUUUUUACGAGUUUAGGGAAAUGUGCUAUGCCACGAAUAAGCAGACGCGCAACCUGCUGGGCCUCCAGCAGAUGGAACCCCUAAAGCUCGUGGGCAGCCAGCCCGUAGUUAAGGCUGAGCCGCAGACGACGGUAAAGCGAGGACGAAAACGCAAGACGGACGAGAGUUUUCUGAAAACUAAGAUCUCUGAAGUUCCAGAGGUAAAAAAGGAGCCCAUGGCAUGGCGAAAAAAGCAACGACUGCAGCAGACGCAGCAGCAGCAGCUGCUGGAAACCAAAACGGAGCCAGAAAUCAAGAACGAGCCUAUGGACACGGAAAGCCGUAUCCGGCUGCCAGGGAAAAAGGGCCGCAAGGCGAUAUGCAGUGUCUGUGGCGAGAAGUUCGCCAGCAAGGAUCUGGCCGACGAGCAUAAGAGCGCGGUGCAUGUACCCUCGAUCCCGCGCUACAUUUGCAACGCCUGCAAUCAGACGCAUCACAACCAGGGCAACAUUCGGUCCCAUCAGCUCUGGCACAAGCUGUCGAAGACCCCCUACAAGUGCCCGCUGUGCGACGUGAAUGUGCCCAACAACUACGCCUUUUCCCGCCACCUGCGUCAGCAUACGCCACCGACUCCUGUGCAGCUGCUUGUCCUCGAUCGCGAGUGUCCACUGUGCAAGAAAACAUUCGUGACGAACUUCUUCUACAAUACGCAUCGGUGUGCCAUACGCAAACGCAAGUGUGGUGGCUGCAAUCGAGCCCUCAACACAGAGGUCGCCUUUAUGCGGCAUGCCCCCUUCUGCUCAAAGAUCUACCUUAAUCACUCGAAGCACAUUCUGCCCGAGGCAGCCAACACCGAAUCACAGAUGUGCAUUAAGAACGAGGUGGAGGAAGACUACCACAUCACCAGCGAUUCCCCUGCCUCUGCUAUACCGCCGGACUUUAUGCUGAACGAGCAUAUGCAGCCGGUGGUGGUGAUCGAGCGCCUGGCCUCUCCUCUGCUGCGAGCCUCAGCAAAGCCGCAAAAUACGCUGGGGGCCAGCAAGAGCAAAAAUAGCGAGCGAGUUUCCUCGAAAAACUAUUUGAAGCGCGUCGACGAGUUGCUGAAGAACACAAUGAGCACGCUGGUGAGCAUCAAGCAUGAGCCGGAGGUGCAUAUAAAUGAUACAAUACCGGCAGCCGCCGUGCAGCCGGAAAACGAACCACAGGCCGAAAUGCAGGAGGAGGAGGAGGAGGAAGAACAGGAACCCCCAAGCUUCAGCGAUUUCCAUGCAGCCAACGAUGACAGCGAUGAGGAGGAGUCCGAAGCGGCGGCAGUGGCCCCGGAACCUGCUGCAAUGGCUGCCAGCAUAGACGACAAUGUGCCCAGUGUGUCCGUUAAGCAGGAGCCUCGCGAUGAGGCCUACGAAAAGCAGUCGCCAGUCAAACAGGAGCCGCUGAAGCUGAAGCUAAAAAUCACCAAGAAUCAUGGCAAGCUGAACUCCUCGCUGAUCGAUGACCUCGACGAGGCGGGGCUGAGCAGGAGCAGCAAGAAAAAAAAGAAGCGCAAGCACAAGGAGCGGGAAAAAGAAGCCAACAGUCAACCAAAAGCUCAGGAACACCCGAUAGUGAGCAUCAAACAAGAGCGUCUAGACGCCGAUGAUGUGCCCGAUGGAAAUCAGGCGACAGAUUUCCAGCCACAGGCCACUGUGAUGACGAGCAUACCGAUGUCCCAUCUGGAGAGCAGCUUCAACGACAACGACAUAGCGGCACAGGACGAGCCAAUGCCACAGGAGUGCCCGGAGCCCGAGGAAGAUGUUAAGCCCAAUCGCAUGGAACUGGAUCGCCUCAUGCAAAUCACGCAUGUCGCCAGCGGUGUGGACAUUGCCGAAGAAGCCAUGCCUCUGGACAAGGCCGUUGAAGCUACCCCCGAUGAGCCACUGCUCUCCGAUAAGGGAUUCAAGUCACCGCCCAACGAAAAAUCUGCCAAGCCUACUGCCCGUAAGAGUACUGGUGGCGCCAAACGCAAGCCUCCAGCAGAAGAGUCGCCGCGAGAGACGACACCGUCGCUGCAGAUUGUGGCCGUGGAAAGUGUAGAGGCCGUAUCGUUCAACAUGCCUCCCAAUAUUUGCAUUAAACCAGAACCUCGUAAUCGCGGCUACGCGGACGAUGAGCCCGAGGGCGAGCCGACGGCGGAGAUCAAUCAUAAUGAGAAGAUCGACGAGGAGAAUGCCUAUAUAAACAGCCUAGACUUUAACAACAUGGCGGUGAAGCAGGAGAAGGACCUAGACAUUUCCGAUCCGACUGCAAAUGGCUCUGAGCCGGAGGCCAUGCACCUGAGCCACAACGGCUUGGAGAGGGGCAGCGAUAGCGAGGACUCUGAUGGCGAGGACAGUGCUUCUUCGGCCGAUGAAGCCGAGGAAGCUAUGGAGGAGGAUGAGGCCGAGCGUAUAUAUCGCGAGAUUGAAUUGCCUUUACUAGAGCCGGAAAAUCAAGGAGAAGCAGCCACCCAGCAGAGCGAAGAGAAAACGGAAGAGUCCAUGCAGGUGCAGGAGGCACCGCCCGAGAAUAUGGAGGUGCAGACGCCUGUGGCCACGCCCGAGGUAGUGGGAGGGGUAGAACUGCCCAAGGAAAGUCUUGAAACAGUUGGGGAGAGAGUGCAGCCACAGGAAACUCUCGCAGCAGAUGCUCCAGUGGAAACACUGCCGGAGUUGGAAACUCUGCAAGAUUUAGCUGCCCUGCUGGAAGAUUCAGAAUUAACUGGAGAGGUAGAUCCGCCGCAGGAAGCUCCCAAAGAAGUUGGGGAUACAGAGCCACCCCUGAACACUCCAGAAGUUGUUGGGGAGACACAGCAUCAGUCACUGGAAAGUCCAGAAGUACUUGGGGAGGUAGCACCGCAACUGGAAACGCCAGAGGAGCUAGAGCCACCACUAUUGAGAGUGCCAGAGCCAGUCACCAGUUUUAAUUUUGUAAUAACCAACAUCUGCAGCCAAGCGGCAGAGACUCCACAAUCCGCCAGUGGUCACAGUUCGGCCAUCCCGAAUCUUAGUUCUCCCCCGCCGAACCCAGAGUCGCUGGAGAAAUCGGACACUGAGCGCGAAAGCCCCGAUUGCCAGGCGGACACCCUUCCAGAGAUUAGCCUCAAUGCACCCAAAGACAUUGAAACUCAGGCCUUGCCACUCAACUUGGAGGAAAGCAGCUUCAUCUGCGACGAAGAGCAGCAGAAUGUUCUCAACCAUGAGCUCUCCGAGCAGCAAGCGCCCCUCGGUGGGAAUGUGGAGCAGUCGGCAGAAGCCGAGGAAAAGCUCUUGGCACCAGUGGAAGAGGAACUGCUGCCACAACUCGAGGAGGAGCUGCCCGGGCCGUCGUCGAGGCCAAACGAAGAGACUGAGAACCGCAUCAAUGAGCAGCAGCAGGAGAUGGACCUGGAGGGGCAACGGCAGCCGCGCUGUCAGGUCGAAGAUGACUCCAACAUCAACGAAAUUGCCGAAAACAACAAUAAUGCCAACAUAGAGCGCGAACUGCAGGACGAUGCGAAUGUGCCUCAGGAAAACGUUACUCCCUAGACUUCACCUUCAACAUUAUAUGGAACUGUACGCUCUCAAGCCAUCACACCAUCUCCCAUCUUGCACUCCCAAGAAGCUGUACAUAUGAUUAAUAUCCCAUCGGAGGAUGGUUCUUGGAAGGGAAACAUUUAAACAAUAAACACAUACUAGGUUUUAGAAUCCACUUACAAGCAGAAUUAACAUUAUGCUAGCUUUAAGUUAGAGAUACAACAAUUAAUGAUAUUAAUUAAUGGCUUACAUAGUAGUAGACUUGUAUUUUAAUAUCAGUAAUGCAGUAUAUACAUAUGCAUAUUGCACAACAAUGCACUAUUAGUUCUGAUUUAUUCAGAUCGAAAUUUCUAUUGGAACCGCUGCAUGAACAACAAGACUCCCGGAGUCCCCCAGGCAUACAGUUUAACUCAAUUUUUUUUAAAGUUAUAUGCAUAAUUAUAUUGAUGAAUAAAAGUGUACAUGUUUGUUUCUUCGAAAUCGUA